AUGAGUGUCAACUCCCUUGUGAUGGAGCUGGAUAGCAUGGCUAAGUUGUCCGAGAAAUGCAACAUUCAAGUCCCCAUGGAGGUUCUUAGCUUGAUUGAUGAUGGGAAGAACCCGGACGAGUUUACAAGGGAUGUUCUUAAUAGCUGCAUAGCCAGAAACCAAGUUACAAAGGGCAAGACUGAUGCUUUUAAGGAUUUGAGAAAACAUAUUCUGGAGGAGCUUGAACAGACUUUUCCUGAUGAAGUUGAUAAGUACAGAAAACUCCGUGCUAGCUCCGCAGCUGUAAGCUGUUAA